CACUCCUGCGGCUGACAGCUGGUGUAGUUAGCUUCUUUGCUAGCGUGUCUUUUUCAAACGUCGCUGCUUCUUUCUUUGUGUUUGGAAUAACAGAGAACACGUGACAGGGGAAAUAACAUGGCGUUCGCAAACCUGUUCACUGGAUUGUUUUCGGCCAACACAGACACGAAGAGCCAAGCAGCCAUUUCACACAGCAACGAGGUUAGUGAUGGUGAACGAGGGAGCAACAGAAAGAGGAAAAGAAAGAAGAGUCAGACAGAAGAUGACAACACAAGACAAUGUUCUCAAGCACAGACGUGGCGACCUUACAAUACCAGAAACUGUCAAGCUGGAAGUACUGACCUCACCAAGGAAGUGACCCGUAACAACACGAGCCACAAAGAUCAGAACAAGCAGCAGCAAAAUGACAAGGAGAGCCAGAAUAAUCUGCAUCAACAGAAUGAAAGAGGAAGAGGAGGCAGAGGAGGAAGAGGAGGAAGAGGAGGCAGAGGAGGAAGACGGGGUAGAGGAGGCAGAGGGGAAAGAGGAGGCAGAGGAUAUGGUAAACAGAGACCUGACAGACAGGAUGUCCAGGUAAAAUCAGUGAGAUUCAUGACUGAAGAGUUCAAAGAGCAGAAUGCUUUGCUGGUGGAUGGACAGCUUCUUUGUCGACACUUCAUUUGGGGACGAUGCAUCAAGGGUGACGACGAGUGCCAGCUGAAGCACAUUCAGGGUUACAACGGUCUCAUCAAGGAAGUCUGCAAAUUUUACAUCCAAGGAUUCUGCACGAAAGGGGAGAGCUGCCCGUACAUGCACCAGUCCUUUCCCUGCAAGUUCUUCCAUAAAAAAGGAAAGUGUCUUCAGGGAGCGCAGUGCAAGUUUUCCCACGAGCCACUGAAUGACACCACUAAAAGACUGUUAGAUGAGACACUGAAACGAGACAGUGAACUCUAUGAACUUGCAAAAAAAGCCGAGCAGGAGUUGUCGGAGCAACCGGAAAAGACGACUGAAAUUCCUGAGAUCACCAGAGAAAAGAGAACAUCUGAUGCACUAAUGCACCCACUCAAGCCAAACUUUUACAACAGUGCAGAAACAAACACUGAGGCAGAUGUUGCAGCUCAGGCACCAGACAGUUCACAGCCUCACAGCCACACUUGUGCUCACCUGAAUCCCGAGGAGCCAGUGUGUUAUUCAGUGGAAGCAGUGCUUGGACCUCAGCUGUUAAAACCGUUCCCGAGUCUCUCUGCUCCAGAGAAUUCCUCUGAUUGUGCUCCCUACUCUGUUGAAGCCGUCUUGUCUUGUCAGUCAGCAGCAAGUUCUAUACCCGCGUCUUCUCCUGCACAAAGUGUGUUAUAUACUCCACUCAGAGCUGAUCCUCUGAUGCUCUCGUAUUCUCACAGUUCCAGAGGAAAAGCAACUCAAUGCCAAGAAAACCUGUUUAAAGUUCCAGAGACUAAGCUCCCUGUGGACAAUGAAGAUCAUAAAAAACAUGUUGGGGCAAAGGUGGCGUCCAUGAAACCUGCUCAGAGAUGGUCUGAUGAAGUCAAGUUGGACAUGGCGGAGUCUGAGUCUUGCACAAGAAAAAGACGUGUUCAGGGAAGCUCUUCCCUCCCAGUCAAGUGUAAAGAUGAAGCGGAGUUCAAAAGCACGUUAUAUUGUCCUGCUCGUCCCUCACAGCUGACGCCACGUGUCUCUGGUCAGACGUCUGACUCUCAGUCCUCACCAAAGCCUCACUGUCCCUCAUCAGGGUUUUCGCAGUUUAAAUGCAGAGCUGCUCGUCCCAUUCAACCCGUCUCCAGCUACAAGGAGACGAGUGAUUCUGAAACUCAGCCACAACUCAAAAUACCCCGAUACAGCGUCAGACCUGGCAACCAACAACAGGAUUCUACUGGUGUGCUGUCAACUGCCUGUAAUCAGACACAGAAAAGACCAUUUCAUAGCCUUUUUGCAAACCCCAUCAAUGACGGUCUGAAGCCAACUCCUCCGUCUCCUUUACGGUCCACACCCCCCAGACGUAAAGACAAAGGUGUUAAAAAUGAGGCUGAACCCGUCCGAUCCUUCCUGAGCACGUUAGCUGCUCCUCUCAGUCCUGCAGCGACGCCUCAGCGAGACACAACUCACGACAAACGCGCUCCUGAGAAUGAGAGUGAGCUUUUGUCCGAGGCUGUCGGUCGAGACGCAGAGCAGCAGGUGAGUCUCACCUGUGGCUUCAUGUCAGCUGCUCUCACUGAGCUGUUGCCCAGUUCUACGACGCAGGCUCAACAACACAAGUGUGACACAGGUCCUGCAGCACCUGCAGAACCUUCAGUUCUGAAGAGUCUCUUUCUGUGUCUGAGCCCUUUUGAAGACGACAGACAGCAGAACGUCCCUCCUCCAGUCAGCGAGAAGGAGCAAAACAGCACUGGUGAAGUCUCUGUUCAGCAAUGACGGAAGAAUAAGAAAAAGAAGAAAACAAAGGUCAGAUGGAGGUCACGGCUUUUCUCACCCACCACACUUCAUCAGACUCAUUCACAAAAAAAAGUUGUAAAACAUUGUUUUCCAGCUGGAAACUGAAGGUAAACUGUAAACUUGUAAACUGUUUUCUCUCCGUACCAAAGUCCAUGGAGAUAAUCAGCGAUUUUACAUACGGCACAAAGGUGUCAAUCCGCUGCUUCCUCCCUUUCAAAUGUCUUAUUUUGUGACUUUGGUGUUUGAUUUACCUCAGACCUGCAGUUCCUGUGUCAUCGUGCGCUAAAACACUGGUUUUCUCCAUGGACUUUGGUGCAGGAGUGUGAGCGGUUUAAGACAGAAAAAGAGUUUGUUUGUUCAUCAUCUGCCCUUCAGCAGCAGACGUGUGACGGUGGGGUCACAGUGGGGUCAAAUAUCAGCAGGAGCGACGCUCGCACAGUAACACAACAGACGCAGAGACUGUCACACACCACAGAGAACGUGGAGGUCACGCCACUCAAAGAUCUUUUUAAAACUGUAAUUAUUUUUGAUUUGUCUCCAACACAAUCUUGAUUAAAGACUUUUACUUUGAAGUAAUUAUUUUGUUUGCACUGGUGUUGAAACCGUUAAAGUUUAAGUAGACGUUUCACAUUUUAUUCAUUCAAUUCAAUCCUUUUUAGUUUUAGAGCGCCGAAUCACAACAUACAUGAUCACAUAUAUUAUCUAAAAGUAACUUCAAAUAGCUCAAAGAAAUCUCUUAAUGGUUCACAAAGCCGUCACUGAAGGUGCUAAUUGUGGUAUUACUU